AUGGACGGCCGUUCUCCGCCGCCUCCCCUGAUUCACCUCCGUACCACCACUCAGAUCCUCAAACAAACCACUACCAUCUUCUCCAUCCACCACCACCUCCUCAUCUUCAUCCUCCUCUCAUUUCUCAUCCUUUCCCUCCGUUCCAACGUCGAAACCGCCACUCACUCCCUUACUUCCUUCAUCGACCAUGACCCUUCCAUAAAAUCACUCCUCUCUCGCCUCCACAUCUCCUCUAAUCCCGCCUCCCCACCCGCCAUCACCCACCGCCAUCGCCGCCGGCCUUUCCUCCAGCUCACCCGUGUUGGAACCCUAGAUGAUGAUUUCUUCUCUGGAGAUGAAGAGCUUGAUCACCGAUUCUUCGGAACCCUGCCAAGACCACAACUGAAUGCCACCUCAUUCAUAGUUGACUUCUUUGAUCCCCAACGAGGGUUCUCUAAUUUCAUAUCCGAUAAUGGAAUUAGGGUUUCAGAGAUUGUGCGUUCUCAUGCUAAGGUUUCUUUCAAAGCAGUCGAGGCAAUCGAGAAAGAAGAAAAGACAGAUACCGGUAAUACCAACUCUCCUCCAAUGAUUAAAGAAAAUGAGAGUGAUACCAUUGAUGAUCUGCAGCUUUUUCUCAAGAGGUUUGAACUAGAACAUCAUGAAAUGACUGCCUUAUUAUUUCUUCUCGGCGUGUUAUCUGCUUCAUACGGUUUUGCAAUUCUUGGAUUUGUUGUUACUUACGCUUGGGUUCUCGGGAUUAUUUUUGUAGUAGUCAUGAAUGAUUUGUUAAAAGGGCAUAAAUCAUUUCUUCGAACUCUCUGGGAUGGAUCAAAUCUAGGUUUGAAAAGGUUAUCAGGCUACAUUGUUAUGAGAUGGGCUGUAAGGGAUGCAUUGACUCAACUCCUAGGCGUUUGGUUCUUUGGAGAAAUCGAGGAUCAAUAUCUGUUCUUCAAGAUCUUCGUUAGAUUAAAACUAAUGCCAUUUUCAAUCGUGUCCCCUUGGGUAAAAGGGUUUGAGAGAGAAAUCUAUGGCUUUCUGUUAUCCUGGUUCUUGCUUGACACAUUAGUGUCAUUCGUUUUUGCUGUGGAUGCUUGGAUUGCAAUGGUGGACACCAGAAAGAGUGUGAAAGAAGUUGUAAAAGAAGGGUGUCAUUUGCUAUCUUUAAUGCUGCAUCCUGCUAUCAAUCUCAAGUGUUUGGAAGGUAUUAUUUGUGGGUCAUUUGCAAGAUGGGUGCUUUCAAGAUUCUUUGGGAAGUUAUUUGCUUCUGCAUUUCAGUCUUUCAUGGAGGUAUACUUUAUGGUGGCAUGGCUUCUAUACUAUUUAUCUGUUAAAUCAAAAGAUGCAAAUUCAAAUGGAACACCAUUUGGUGAAAGAGAGCUUGAAGGGUUGCUUGAAGAUGUUAGAUGA